ACAGAUAACGAGUUUGUAUAUACGGAUGAAAAUACAAUAGUUUUGUUCAAUAUAUUAAAUAAUUCUUCAAAAACAUUUGUGCCAAACAAUAUAAUUAGACAAUUUAAUGUUCAAAAGUUUUCCGUAUCCGCGGAUAAAAAAUUUGUUUUAUUGGUUCACGAAAUAAAAAAAACGACAUAUUAUGCAUUCACAGCCAAGUAUAAGAUAUAUAACAUAACAAAUGAACACAUCAUAAGCUUAAAGACUUCUGGAGGCAAUCAAGACCUCGAUUUCGCAGAAUUUGGUCCAAACGGCAAUCAAAUAGUGUAUGUCUACCAAAACAAUAUUUAUUACAAGAACUCUGUGAGCGAUAAUGCAAAGGCAAUCAUAAAGACUGGUCAGCCGGGGAUUGUAUACAACGGAGUUCCCGAUUGGCUGUACGGCGAGCGCAUAUGGAAGACAAACCGAGCCCUUUGGUGGAACCCAUUGGGCGACCGCUUGUGUUUUGCAUCCUUUGAUGACAGUCUUGUGGACACCGUUUCUUAUAUCAAGUAUGGCUCAUACGAGAGCACUAGUACUCUAAUGCCAGAGAUUAUGAGCCUUAAGUACCCUAAACCGGGGACAACCAAUCCUUCAGUGGCUCUAUGGGUCGUCGACUUAACCACUCUCUCGACGCCCAGAAGAUUAGAGCAGAAAGACAUGAAAGGUGAUCAUUAUCUGACAUCUGUCUCGUGGAUCGACAGCCAGUCCUUGACUACCGUUUGGAUGAGAAGACAGCAAAACUGUUCGCUAAUAAACAUUUGUUACGAGAACUCAGACUGGAUUUGCAGAAAAAAUUUUGAGGACUGUAUGGGAGAUAAGGGAAUGGCAUGGAGUGAGCUCUUCGACCCACCAUUGAUUACAUCGGAUAAAAAGCAUUACUUAAUACGUUUGCCUUCAAAUGCGGACAAAACUAAUAAAUUAAGACAAAUCUCUGGGAUAUCAAUAGCGGUUAGAAGUUUACUCUAA